GGUCACACUAUUCGUUCAGCUGAUUGGUAUUGAGUAACUACGAGUUAAAAUAUGUUUAAAUAUGUUGUGCAGGCGCUCAUCGUUAGCCCUGACCUCCAGAUGCCUUCGCCUUUUGUCCACGCAGCAGCACAAAACUGGACAGCCGGGAAAUGACCAGGACACCAACCUCUUGCCCGCCUACUCGGAAAAUGAGCGUCGGAAGAUCCUGCUGACUAUAAACGAAACUGGCACGAAUGAGAUGAUCAGCUACGACAUUACCAAGGCGAGGGCCACCAAACUGCACAACUGGAAGAUCCGCCACGGUCCGCUGCAGGAGCUCAGUGACAUCCUGUACGUGGAAGGCUUCGGCCUGAAGGCGGCCACCAAGUUCUUUAAGAGCGUGCUCGCGCCUGUGGACAGUGGGAUCAUUGUACCGGAAAAGAAGUCAAAGGCAGCGCGAGUGGCACCGUUCAUUACACCAUCCAUGGAUGAGGCGCAGCGCCAACGAAUAGCUUCUGCCGUGGGCGUGCGCAUCGGGGUGACCAGUGUAAGCUGGGCGCGCUUAGAGAUCGCCAGCAGCGAUGCCCUCUGCCUUCUCACCCAUUGGCACCACCAUGAGCUCAACGACAAGAAGCUGCACCUGUCAGAGCUUUGCCGCCGCUGCCUUUAUGUCUCCCACCAGAUACCGCAGGCCGACUGCUACGUACUAGAGAGUCCGCAGAUGGCACAGGCCAGCAGCAAUCCGGGAAGCACCGAUCAACAGAACGUGAACAUCCAGAAGUCCCAAGUUGCCGCCAUCAUGAGCUACUCGCUGAUGGCCCGGUCGGAUGCCGAUGAAAAUAAGGCCAACAACCUCUACUAUAUGCGCCGGUUCCUCUCAGCUCGUCUCUUCAAUCACCUGGUGGGCACGGAGCGCGUGUCUUCUGAAGACACAAUAUUGGCCAUGAUGCGGACUCAUUGCAACGUGGAACAUCAGCUCCCCGGAACAGAGUCUCCGCUGAGUCUGCGCCAACAAGUGCACUUUCCAGCUGACCUCCGCCUCAUUUUCGCGCAGCAGGAGCGCUACCAGCGCGAGCUUCUGGGCCAGGCCUUUUUACUUAGCUUGGCCUUUACUCGCCUCGUUCUCUUGCAGGAUGCGCAGAGCAUCGCUCGGGUGACUCGGAACGCAAAAAGCUCCGCUUCGAGCGAGACAGCUUGCGGAGCUAGUGCGUCGCAAUAACUAUUAGGGAUUGUCUUUAAGUUGAACUGUUGUACUCGUUUUAUAAAAUCGCAAAUCAGACUAAAAGACUUAGCUGAGUACCACGUCCUUAAAUCUUCGCUGGGUGGCCCUGGUAUUUAAUAUUGAUCUUUGUAAAGGGUAUAUGAUAGUCAAGGCACUUAUCUUAAGCGUUUCUUGUUUUUUCCCUAGUACAGUUCCGUUACAUUUCCGAUUGUUUCUAAGCAGCUAUUGAUUCAGUCGUCCGAUUUCUAUAAAAUGUAAUUCUAAAUUAUUAAAUAAUUUGUUUUUAUUACGGAGAGUGAUCAGAAUAUUGUUGACGUGUCAAAUUUAAAAGUGUUAAAAUGUAAAAAGUAAUUGUUAGCCACACAGCUGUUUUUAACACAGGAGUUGUUUAUAACAGAACUUCGUGUUAAAAGCACAAGUGGGUUGUGUGGAAACGAUUAUAUUUUACAUUUAAACAUUAUUGUAUUUGACACACAUGUCAAACAUUUUCUAUGUAAUUUCUUUACAAUAAACAUGUUUUUUUACGAACUCUGGUAAAAAAAAAUAUCUCCAAAAGCUUCGAAAAUAUAACUUGUUUCUUUAGUUUUUAGAUCAUUCCUGUGGAAGCUAUAGGAUAUUGUUUUCUGCCUGUUUCGAUUUAUAUUAUACCUGCAAAAGAUAAACAACUUUCGGGAAUGUUUCACCUCGAUUCCUUUAAAAGAGAUGGACUUUUGUGUACACACUUAUGAAACGAAUUACUGACAUGCCUUGAUCAAUCAUCUUCUAAUCAAGAAUACAUUUCCUUUAUAGUGACUGAAAUAAAAAAAAAAAAAUAGUUCUAGUUUA